AUGCCCAGAGCAACAUUGGCCAUGGAAUUCGGAGAGCAAGCAGGAUCGGAUCGUGAGCGCCAAAUCGCCGCUGUCAUUAUAUUUACGGUAGCAUUUCCUGGGACUAUAUGCAAUGUACUGGUGGCAAAGUUCACUCGUACUCUACCGACACUCAACAAUUCAUUUGGACGACUGACAGCCAGUCAAGCCGCUGGAAGCAAGCAAAUUCAUGUGGCAAUGUUCGCCUUUUAUAUUUCCCAUGGUUUCUGUGAGUGA